AUGAGAGCAAUUCUUACGCUGUUCAAGAACAAGCUGUCUCCUCAGCCUUCUAUCUGGGCAGUCCCAGGAACUGUGAUUUCUACAGGCAGUGCUGUGGCCAUCUUCUGCAGGACCCCUCCAGGAGUGACCAAAGUACGUCUAUAUCAUGUACCCAGUGGAAAAUGGUAUGAUCGUACUCCACAGAGAGGAUUCCAGGAAGUCUUUGAGUUCAGUCUGCAGAAUAUGAUGCACAUUGAUGCUGGGACUUACUACUGUGAUUACUCCAAUGGAUAUGAAUGGUUACGAAUUAGUGACAAACUGGAGUUGAGUGUGACUGGGCUGUGUGUACUGCAAGUGACCCAAACACAGAAUGGCCUACUCCCCAAGCCUUCCCUCCAGGCUCAGCCUAGUUCCCUGGUGCCCCUGGGUCAGUCAGUCACUCUGAAGUGCCAGGGGCCUUCAGAUGUGGAUUUGUAUCGGCUGGAGAAACUGAAAUCGAAGAAGUACGAAGAUGAAGACUUUCUCAUCAUUCCAACCAUGGAAAGAAAUGACGCUGGACGCUACCGAUGCUCAUAUCAGAAUGGGAGUCACUGGUCUCCUGCAAGUGACCAGCUUGAGCUAAUUGCUACAGGUGUUUACAGUAAGCCCUCACUCUCAGCUCAUCCCAGCUCAUCAGUCCUUCCAGGCAGGGAUGUGACCCUAAAGUGCCAGAGCCCACACAGUUUUGAUGAAUUUGUUCUAUUUAAAGAGGGGGAUACUAGGCCUUCUAGAAGACCUGAGAAAUGGUACCGGGCCAAUUUCCCUAUCAUCACAGUGACUGCUGCUCACAGUGGGGCUUACCGGUGUUACAGCUAUUACAGCUCAUCUCCAUACCUGUGGUCAGCUCCGAGUGACCCUCUAGUGCUUGUGGUUACUGGACCCUCUACCACUCCCAGCCUGGUACCCACAGAGGUACCAUAUCCCACAACAGAAGCCUCCAGGAGACCUUCAACCUUACCCUCAAACAAAAUAUCUGCAACUGUAGAUUUUGCUCACCAGGAGAAUGCUAAGGGGAAUCUGGUCCGGAUAUGCCUUGGUGCGAUGAUUAUAAUAAUCUUGGUGGGGCUUCUAGCAGAGGAUUGGCACAGUCGGAAGAAACGCCUACAACACAGGAUCAGAGCUGUGCAAAGGCCACUACCACCCCUCCCACUGGCCUAG